UCAACAAACAAAAUUAGGAGGGAAAGGGAAAAACUCGGAAAACAGGAAACCGGGAAAACCCUCCAAAACCAAAAUCCACCACUUUCCCAAAUUUCUUGAAUUUCAAGCACUUCCCCCGAAAACCCCAAAAUCCUUAAAAACAAAAAACCAAAAAUUUUGUUUUGGGUCCUCUUCUCCGCCUUCACCCAAAUUCUCAAACCCAAAAAACGCUUUCAAUUUUUUUGCCCCACAGCGCGCAAAACUCAAUUUUUUUCGAAAUCACAUUUCAAUGGCGGCAUUCUUCCCACCCACAUCUCCUACUUAGACCCUCCUUCUUUCCAUUUCUUCCUCACUCCCAUUUGUAUCUUCCUCCUCUGUCCCACAGUCUCCAGCGAGAGAGAGAAGAGGAAGGGAAAAAUAGUGAGUGUUUUUAUUGAUUUGUUUCAUUGCGAUGGCGGACAAAGAGAACUGUAUGAGGGUUACUCGCUUGGCGAAGAAACGGGCUGCGGAGGCAAUUUCUGCUUCUGUGAAGCAGCAAAGGCCUAACAAGAAAAGGGUUGUCUUGGGUGAGCUUAAGAGUUUGUCUUCUAAUGUUCCCUCUGAGCCUAAGAAGGAGCAAAAAUGUAGCAAGCCUACGAGGAAAGUGGUUUCCAAAGAGGCUGUCGAGGUUAAAGAGAAGAUUGUUGAAGACCCUUUGAUUGAUAUUGAUGCCCAAUCGGAUGACCCGCAAAUGUGCAAAGAUUAUGUUUCGGAGAUUUAUGGCUAUCUUCACAGAAUGGAGAUGGAAGAACACAGAAGACCAUUGCCUGAUUAUCUGGAGAAGGUUCAGAGGGAUGUAACUGCUAACAUGAGAGGGAUCUUGGUAGAUUGGUUGGUUGAAGUUGCAGAGGAAUAUAAGCUUCUAUCAGAUACCCUCUACCUAACUGUUUCCUACAUUGAUAGAUUUUUAUCCAAAUACACUAUCACAAGGCAAAAGCUUCAGCUUCUUGGUGUUUCUUCCAUGCUCAUUGCCUCGAAGUAUGAGGAGAUUACUCCUCCCCAUGUGGAAGAUUUUUGCUACAUCACUGAUAAUACAUACACAAGACAAGAUGUGGUGAAGAUGGAGUUUGAUAUACUCAACUUCCUCAAGUAUGAAAUGGGAAAUCCCACACCCAAAGUUUUUCUUAGAAGGUUCACAAGGGUAGCCAGAGAAGACUACAAUAAUCCUGAUUUGCGAUUGGAGUUCUUGGGAUACUACUUAGCUGAGUUAAGUUUACUGGAGUAUGCCUGUGUGAAAUUCCUGCCUUCUUUGAUAGCUGCUGCUGUUGUGUUUCUCUCAAAGUUUACUCUCAAUCCAGAAGUGAUCCCUUGGGUAAGAAAGGGUAUUUGUUUAGGUUCAUACUUGUGUACUUUUAAGUCUGGAAGUACUUCCUUCUCGUUCCACGUUUCAUAUGAAUGUUUUACUGAUUACUCUUCAUUGAUGUUGAUAGAAUGCCGCAUUACAACGUUAUACUGGAUACAAAGCAGCAGAUUUGAAGGAGUGUGUCCUAAUCUUACACGAUUUGCAAUUGAAAAGGAGGGGACAGGCAUUGGUGGCUGUGAGAGAAAAGUACAACCAACAUAAGUUCAAAUGUGUAUCAACAUUGCUUUCACCCCCACGGAUACCAAAUGCAUAUUUUGGUUAACAGAGUAGUUUGGCAGAAAUGUGAUGGUCUACCCUUUGAAGCCUUGAAUGGACAUUCGAGAGAAUGUGGAUAAGCUUUUGAUAGAAGUUUGUACCUUGUUGCUGGAUCAGCUACAUUGAUGCAGUUCAGAGGAUGGAUUUCUUAACUGAUCUAAUUAGCUUGGUUGCUACUCUAUUUUUUCUUACAAAGACCUGAAAUUUGUUCCAGUAGAGGAGUAGAAUAUUAACUUCAUAGUUGAUAUGACAUCUAGAAAGUUGUUUGUAAGUGGCUUGUAAUCAUGUUGCAUUUUGCCUAGCUACUAGUAGUACACACAAGUGUGCUUGAACGCUUGUAUCCCAAGAUCCGAAAUGUUAAAAAUGGUAUUUUAAAUCAUCUCUUACUAGUACAAAUGAAAUAUAUCAGAUUUGAAACUUAAAUCUGU